CAGAUCCAUGGGGGAAGUCCUCAGUUAAACCCUGUAUGUCUCUAUUAGCUCCCCUCCCUCGAAGCCCACUUCAGUCUGCACAGUGUCCUGAGGUUCUAGGAAGACUUCUGCAGUUAUCCUAUUAAAGGGUUAUGUCUCCUUUUGGCUGUGCCAAGAUUUAAAGAUUAAGGUGGUCGUUGCACGAGAUAUCAGCCAGACCUCAGUGCGGCCAGUGCUCUGUAGGCUACCAACACUGUCCACUCAACAUCAACCUCACCACUGGCUCUCCGCAGGAUUCUGGCCCAAAUCACAACUCUGGAGGAAUAAUGGGUGCCAACAACGCCACCCUGGAUGAUAUCAUGGAGGAGGACAUGCACCACUGGUACACCAAAUUCAUGAAGGAAUCUCCUUCAGGACUCAUAACGCUCUUUGAGCUCAAGACUAUGCUUGAAAUGAGCGGUAUGACAGAGGAGGCCAGCAGCUAUGUGGACCAAGUCUUCUUCACCUUUGACAUGGAUGGGGAUGGCUAUAUAGACUUUGUGGAAUACAUCGCAGCAAUAAGUUUAUUACUGAAAGGAGAAAUCAACCAGAAACUAAAGUGGUACUUCAAGCUCUUUGAUCAAGAUGGAAAUGGGAAAAUUGACAAGGAGGAACUUGAGACUAUAUUCAAGGCUAUUCAAGAUAUCACCAGAAAUUACGACGUGCCUCCAGAAGACAUUGUAAUUCUUAUAUAUGAGAAGAUUGAUAUCCACGGAGAAGGUGAGCUGACACUGGAGGAGUUCAUCAGUGGAGCCAGGGAUCAUCCCGACAUCAUGGAUAUGCUCACCAAGAUGAUGGAUCUUACCAACGUCCUGGAAAUCAUUCUUAAUGGUCAAAAGAAGAAAGCUAUCAACUGAAUCGGUGAUCAACAAACUGGAUUGUGUGGAGAACUGGGAUCAUUUUUGGAGGAUUUUAAGAAUGCAGCAGUGUUGAGGAAAGAGUGAAUGUGCUUGAUUGGUGAAGAGCCAAGUCCCGUCUCAAACUGCACAGAUUGAACUGACUGAGAAGUCCCACGCAGAUAUGAUCUCUCUGUGAGUCGACCGAGGGAGGCAGAGAACUGGUCGUCUUCCCUCUGCUUGUGCUCUCACAUUUCUUCAACGGUGGCCCUUCAGUUUUGUUAAGUAUUAAAAACAGGAGAUGUGUUUGGAGAGUCUCAAUGAAGGGAGGCCCAACUGCAUUCAGCAUGAUUCAAGUAGAUGGUGCAAAUUAAGAUGCAAAUCAAGGUGACGAAAUCACUUUGAUUUACUUUAUUAAGAGCUGAGCUGGAAAUAUUAUGGAACUCUUGGUUUACAGAACUGUCAGGCAAAAGAAGACAACUGACAAACUCUUUGGGAAUUUCUUACAAAACUUCAUUACAGAAAGCACUUCCUGUUGCCAUC